CCCGGACAGACCGGGGAAACCAAGCAUAACCAGAUCUCAUCUCAUCUCAUUCCCUUUAAGCUCAACAGGACACGACCCAUAAGAACUCCCCACUCUCUGUUUUCUCACAUGUUGCCCAAACCAGAACAAAAUGCAUUGCCUGAACUCGACAACACCUUCCAUUAGAUCUUUCCAUUCCCUUCCUUAAAGAUCAUUCCAAUCUCCUCGAAAAUGGGCUCCAACCAAUCGGCACAAGUAGUUGACGAAGAACAAGAGGAAAGCCAAGACGAGGAGGAAGAGGCAGAGGAAGAGGAAGACGAUGAAGAAGAGGAAGACAACAAUGAAGAGGGACCCAACAUGAGGGAACUCGAAAACAACCAUAUGGUGAAGAAAGUGCUCGAACAAGAGCCGGAAAUGUUGCCCUGUUACGCAUCAGCGUCCCCCCUGUCUCCACAGCUAUCUUCAUUGGGUACUCCUAGGAUGGGUCCUUCCAUCAAAGUGUGGGACCCAUAUAAUGUAUUAGCUCCACCUCCUCCGCUGCCUCCGCCGCCGGUUUUCUCACGGACUUUUUCUUUGGAUGGUGAUCGGAUGGUGAUUGAGGUUUAUUUGUUUAGCCAUGGAGAGUGUGAGUUGAAUCUGAGGCCCGAUAUUGUGGGUGGAAGAUGCGACGGAGCCGCCUUGACGUCUAAUGGGAAGCGGCAAGCGAGGGCAUUGGCUGUCUUCUUGAAUUCGCAAGGGGUCAGGUUUAAUGCCGUUUACUGCUCUCCGUUGGAUCGGGCUAGAUCGAUGGCUCUUUCCGUUUGUCAGGAGAUGAAUUUUGCGGAGGCACAGAUACAAUCCUCAGAUUCACUUAUGGAUCUGAAUAUGGGGCACUGGGAGGGGUGCCCUCGAUCAGAAAUAUAUACACCUGAAGUUUUGAGUCUAAUUGAAAGAUACCAGCCUGAUUUUUGUGCGCCUUCUGGAGAAUCUCUCAGGCAACUGGAAUUUCGAAUGGUUCAAUUCUUGAAUGGGACCGUCCUUGGACUUCCUGAAAAGUUGAGAUCUGAUUUUUCCUUACACCAAAAUGAGAGUCGAGGGUUUACACACCAUAACACCCAUGCUUUAACCAACUCAGUUCAUGAUAGAGAUGUGCCUUCUCUUCCACCACCCCACUGGGAUAUGCUUCAAAGGCAGCGACAUGGGCUAUCAAGGAAGAAGUCUGGUAAGAGCAGACUACAAUUUGUGUCGAAUAUUGGUGAACAUGAUGCUGAUGAUGAAAUGUCUCCUCGGGAAGCCAAUCAUCAGCAUGACCUUCAUGACUUAAAUGUCAGGAGUACAUCUUCCCCCUCCACCUCCCCCGUCUCCUCUUCUGUUGGUGUUUUUACUCAUUCCCUUCCUAUUAAGUGUCUCAUUACGGGCCUCCUCAACUGCAGCCCUGUAGUGUCACAUAAGAUCUGCAUAGAAGAUUCUUCUGUGACUGUAUUACAGCAUUCAUGGAAAACAGGCUGGCAGAUAAAACGGUUGAAUGAUACUGCACAUCUUAGGCUUCUUUAGUUCGAGUUUGAGACUUUGUAUUAUCCUACAGCAGAAUUUGUUGGCUAGAAAUAUGCCAUCACUAUGAUUCGUUCAUCCAAGUUGUAUUCUGCAACUCAUGCUCUCACUUGUGAUUCUUCCACACUUUGUUGUAGCAUUCAAAUUUCGAUAUAUUUAUUAUUUCACAAUUCAUCAAAUCCGAAGAAAGAAGAAUUUUUUUUCUUUUGGAAGUUGGAUCUUUGUAUUGGGUGAUUCUUUUGAUAUGUAGUGUUGAUGACAGAUGAUUUUAUAGAGUGAAUUUAUAAUGUAAUUCCUGUACUUGGGAUACCAUGAUGUUGUUUAUA